AUCUUUUUUUAUUAAAUCAUUUCUCAUUUAGCUUAGAUUAUGUGCCAUCGCUUGCCAGAUUAACUCUAAUCGUCCCAUAGAUUAUAUUUCGAUUAAAAUUUAUGCCAAUAACAAGUAAAUGUUAUUGUUUUAUGCCGUGGAUAUCGGAAUGAUUUUUUCCACGAAAUUGCUUCAAUGAAUAAUCGUAACUCAGAACAUAUGAUAAGUUGUUUCACAGUUUAAAAGAUUGCACAGUGCAAUUUCUUCAUCAUAGUUCUUAUUCUGUAAAAAUAAGUCCCGCCGAAAGCAUAAAAUGAUUCACACAGCCGCAACUUCAUCCUGCUACUUUGCUUGUAGUUUGCUUUUGAGAUAUUCAAUGAGGCGUGAACAUUCUCAAUUUCGUGUCUUCAAGAGGAAUCGAACCUCCAAGGCUCCACUGCAAGGUUUUGAAUCAUACAAGGCUAUCUUUUCCCCUCCAAAGAAUAUCCAGAGUAAAUAAUUUCUACUUUACUUUUGCGAAGAAGACAGAAUUUGGUAUUCCUUGAGUGGUAGAGGCCACAGCUGUUGUGUAAUAAAGCAUUGCAGUAGUGGAAAUAUGGUGGAUGCCUUCCGUUUGCAUAUAAUGCAAACGAAAGAACUCGGUACAUGUCCGGUGUGGCAGAUUGGAGGUUGCUCUUUUUUUUACAUGAGAAUUAGCAAUGUCUACGUUGUGAUUGUUGUCAGUAGCAACGCUAAUGUAGCUUGUGCAUUCAAGUUUGUUGUUGAGUUGUUGACACUGCUAUUCUCUGGCUGCAUGCAGGCCGUUGCGUUGUUCAAAUCGUACUUCGGUGGGGCUUUUGAUGAAGAUGCCAUCAGAAAUAAUUUUGUUUUGAUUUAUGAGCUACUGGAUGAAAUCAUGGACUUUGGUUACCCACAAAAUCUUUCUCCUGAGAUUUUAAAGCUUUACAUCACUCAAGAAGGAGUGCGCUCACCCUUUUCAUCCAAGCCUACAGACAUACCUGUCCCCAAUGCAACUUUACAAGUCACUGGUGCUGUUGGUUGGCGCAGAGAAGGCCUUGUUUAUAAGAAGAAUGAGGUUUUUCUGGAUAUUGUGGAAAGUGUAAACCUUCUUAUGUCUUCAAAAGGUAAUGUUCUGCGAUGUGAUGUAACGGGGAAGAUCCUUAUGAAGUGCUUCCUAUCCGGAAUGCCUGAUUUGAAGUUGGGUUUAAAUGAUAAAAUUGGCCUCGAGAAAGAGUCACAACUGAAAUCCCGUCCUACUAAAAGUGGCAAAACAAUUGAGCUUGAUGAUGUUACAUUCCAUCAAUGUGUAAAUUUGACGAGGUUUAACUCAGAGAAGACUGUUAGUUUUGUUCCACCAGAUGGUGAAUUUGAAUUGAUGAAGUAUCGAAUUACUGAAGGGGUUAAUCUUCCAUUUCGGGUAUUGCCGACAAUCAAGGAACUGGGUCGAACUCGCAUGGAAGUGAAUGUCAAGGUUAAGAGUGUCUACGGUGCAAAAAUGUUUGCACUUGGGGUUGUCAUCAAAAUUCCUGUUCCAAAACAAACUGCUAAAACAAGUUUCCAAGUUACAUCUGGUCAAGCGAAGUACAAUGCUGCGAUUGAUUGCGUAGUUUGGAAGAUAAGAAAAUUUCCUGGACAAACUGAGCCAACCAUGAGCGCAGAAGUUGAGCUGAUAUCCACAAUGGCAGAAAAGAAGUCUUGGACGAGGCCUCCAAUUCAGAUGGAGUUCCAAGUUCCGAUGUUUACAGCAUCUGGUUUACGCGUUCGUUUUCUAAAGGUAUGGGAGAAAAGUGGGUACAACACAGUUGAUUGGGUUCGUUAUAUUACUAAAGCGGGCUCAUAUGAGAUUAGGUGCUAGAAGUAUUGGAAUGCUGUUGUGAGACAGAGGACUUUGUGGGGAGAUGAUAUCAUUUGCUAGUUAUUCUAGCCAAUUUGAAAUGAAAUCACUGCUUCAUUAGCCUUGUCAACAACUGUGAUUGAGCCUCCUUUUCCCUCUGAAAUGAGGCCGCUGAUUUCCUUGAUUCAUUUUUAGUUGUCAAUAUUCUAUUAUUUGGAGUGAGCAGUGGUUUUGCUGUAAAGGCUUGGCCCUUUUGAUAAAACUGCAAGACAAGUUUUCUAAUCACGCUCAACUGUAUGUAGCGUUUUGCCACUGUUUCUGUUUAUAAUUGAUAUAAUAUUAGUGGUCUCAGAUUAUUAUUUUUUGAAAA